CGGAAAGUGACGUCACAGCCGCGACUCGUUGUUGCUAUGGGGACUGUUUGGGCGGGAAGGGGCGAGUGUGGGCGCCGCCAUCUUGGCGCUGAGCCUCCUGUUAAUUGACAUUCCUCCCUCUGGACCCAAUGGAAGAACGCUGGAGAUUGACAAAAUAUCUUUGUGAUAGAAUCUUUCAGAGCUCCUGCAGGACUCCAGGAAUGGGAUUCAUCCCACAGAACCUCAGUAUAAAGGACAGAAGCUUAUCCUAAGACCCUAAUGUAGAUAAUGGAGAGAAAUAGGUGAUAAGAUGUGGUAAAAAGCGAUAACAAGGUGCAGUACUUCUCACCUGGUCAGAUGUGUUCCAAACAUUGUUCUCAAUAAUAAUAAGGGAGAAUAUGUCUCCCUGUUGUCUUUAUAUGCCAGAAAAGGGCCACAGAAUCAUCGAGAUUGUAAAAAACCUCUCAGAUCAUCUACUCCACCUACAUGUUUAUUGAAUGCCUGCAGGGAUGGUGACUCAACCACCUCCCUGGGCAGCCUGUUCAGAUGUGUAGGCUCUAAACUAGCCGUGUCAAAUAGAACUAAAUGGUGAAAAGAGACUUAUUUUUGUACUUAUGAUUGUACUCCUCUUCUUCAGACUGAACAAUCCCAGGUGGAUCCCACCUAACAGCUCCUACAGACUGACAGGAAUUGAGAUCACUCUCAGUAUCAACAGCUUCUAUGGACAACAGAAGGGCAGCCAAUGCGAUCUACCUAGUCUUGUGCAGGGCCUUUGACGUGGUCCCGCACCACAUCCUCAUCUCUAAAUGGGAGAGAUAUGGAUUUGAUGCAAUAGAAGGAAGGAACACCAUCCAAAGGGGCCUGGACAGGCCUGAGGAGUGAGCCCACGUGAAUCUAAUGAGGUUCAACAAAACCAAGUGCAGAUGUUGCACCUGGGUCAGGGCAAACAUAGAUAUAUAUACAGAUUGGCAGAAGAACUCUUUGAGAGCAGCCCUACUGCAACUGGACCUAGGUGAACUUUAAGGUCCUUUCCAGCCUAAACCAUUCUAUUAAUCUGUGACUUUAUUACUUGAGAGCGCUCCCUGGAUCAGAACCAAAGGAUUUAAUGGGCACUAAAAUGACAAACUCUUGUGAUAUCAUCAUCUCUGUGCUUGCUCUCCAGGUGUUCCAGAGACUGUCCAUUGGUUGUUGAGGAGCUGCUCUGAACGCAGCAAUGCCAUCCCUCUAAAGCAGGGAUAACACAAAGUUCUGUGUCCAGCACCUCCAUGGGACACCCUUCUUGCUAUCUUUGGUGGUGUUAUCUGCAAAAUGAGCCCUUGUCCUCUGGCACCAGUCAGAAACCAGAUGAGAGGGAAUACCAUGAAGAUGAGGAAGGCUUUGGGAUGAUCGGAGGGGAAAUCCUGUUUUUGGUGCUGCGCUGGCAUUUUGAUUAUCUGCCUUCUCUGCUGUGCUUACACCCGAAUAAGAUAUCAUUUAAUGUUGUGUUUUGUGCUGACACCUGCUGGACUCCAGUAGGAACCUGCUAUGAGCCUUGUGAAGAACUUCUAAGGAAGUUGUUAUUACUUGUAAUUAUCCCAAGGGAUGAUGUUGCUGUUAGACUGCCUUUAAUCUCCAGGUGUAAGUAAGCAAUCGUAUCUCCCCCAGUACCAUUUCCAUCCUCUCCUGAUUAUUUCUAGUUAGUAAUUAGCUGGGAAGUGGAAGGCAUUGAUUUCUUGAUCUAAAGAAACUUAAGCUGGAUAUAAGUAGCUUCACUACAGCCUGUUUUGUUUCAUUGGCAUAGAGCUGCACGUUCUCUGGGGAGAUCAAAAUGAGGGUUUUGAUCCUAAAAUGAUUCCAUUGCUGUCUAGUAAUGGUGAACCACACACUUAAAUCCUUACUCAUUCCUUAUUUGGGGCAUUGCUAAGGUACCUUGUGGAUUAGGAAUGGAGAAGUAAUCCAUUACUUACAGAAAUAAUAGUUCUCCCAGCAGUAAUCCACAAUGAAUUGCAUUAUAGCCAAUUGCACAGGAUUAACUUAGACUGGACAAGGCAGAGUUGCAGAUGGAGCCCCUUUGCUGUGCUUCUGUUGCAGGUUGACAAACAUUUCUAUGUAUUGUAUCAUGUGUUUUCCCCCUGGGUAAGAAGGAAAUAGUGUUUAUAUACUGUUGUAAGUAACAAAUGUUAUUUUCCUGAAACAGAUCUUCAAGAAAGCUCAAGAUAAAAGGUUGUGUUCUGCCGAAAGGGAGAACGCUUCCAAAGGUAAAAUUAAACUUUGUUAAUUUGCGCAUAGGAUUCACCAAAGUUUGAUGCAAAAUACCCCAGGACCCCUUGAGGGAGCAGGAGAUACAGGCAAUGACAGAAGGUCAAAACUUUACAAAAAGGAGUGACUCCCUCUGAGCUGGAUGGCUUAACUCUUCAUUUAACCCUUCACUUGUUAACGUGCCACUGUGAUAUAUGUGAUUCACUGCAUGGGACAGCAUUUUGGGACAGUGUCCGCUCUGCCCACACAGAUGUGUCAGGGCCUCAUACGGGGCACCCUCCCAAACAUCCUCCGCCCAUUGAGUGCUGCAUUUAAGCUGAGGGCAUUCAGUUGGUCACUUGAGCUGCUGUGGACAGACAACCUGCCCUUGGACCUACAUUGCAACCGUGGACUUAUCUGUGGAUCUGGGCUGCUGCUGUCCUUGGUUGGUGUUGCCAGACUUGUUUUGCUCCUCGUGUUUGGGUCCUGCGGGGCCGUGCUGCUUACGACUGAGUCGCCCUUCGCAUCAACAAUGAAGCUGAUUUUGAUCUUCAGUGCCCUCUUUGGGGCUGCCUUGUGCCUGGAAACUUUUGUUGGGCACCAGGUUCUCCGAAUCAAGACAAGAAACAAGGAGCAGCUGAAAAAGCUACAGUUUUUGGAAACACUGGAUCAUCUUGAGCUUGAUUUCUGGUUAAAUCCCUCCACCCCUGCCCUCCCUGUGGACGUACGAAUCCCCACUCACAGUGUCCAGGCAGUCAAAAUCUUCCUGGAGUCCAAUGGGAUUGAGUACUCAAUCCUGAUUGAAGACCUGCAGGUCGUUCUCGACAGAGAAAAGCAAGAUAUAGUUGCCUGUCAGCAAAUGGAACGCAGUAGCAGCACUUUCAACUAUGGAACUUACCAUUCUUUGGAUUCUAUUUACCAAGAACUGGAUAAUCUCGCAGCUGAGUAUGGCAACAUUGUCAGUAAGAUCCAGAUUGGGGAAUCCUAUGAAAAGCGGCCGUUGUAUGCACUCAAGUUCAGCACUGGAAGAGGAAACCGCCCUGCAGUCUGGCUUGAUGCUGGCAUUCAUUCCCGAGAGUGGGUUACCCAAGCGAGUGCAAUGUGGAUAGCUAGAAAGAUUGCCUCUGACUAUGGGAAUGAUCCAUCCAUCACCUCUCUGCUGAACAACCUGGACAUUUUCCUGCUGCCAGUCGCUAACCCUGAUGGAUAUGUGUUCACUCACACCACAAAUCGCAUGUGGCGGAAGACCCGCUCCAAGAACUCAGGCAGUCUGUGUAUUGGAGUGGACCCAAACAGGAACUGGGAUGCAGGUUUUGGAGGUCCUGGAGCCAGUAGUAACCCCUGUUCUGACUCUUACCGUGGACCCAGUGCCAACUCAGAGGUGGAAGUUAAAUCUAUUGUAAAUUUUAUUAAGAAUCAUGGAAACAUCCGGGCCUUCCUCACCCUGCACAGUUACUCCCAGCUCCUGAUGUAUCCCUAUGGUUAUAAAUGCACUCCACCAGCAGACAAUGCCGAGUUGAACGCCAUAGGGAAAGCUGCUGCCAAUUCCAUCCGGUCCCUGUAUGGCACCACCUACACAGUGGGGAGCAUUUGCACUACUAUCUACCAAGCCAGUGGAGGAAGCAUUGACUGGAGCUACGAUUACGGCAUCAAAUACUCCUUUGCCUUCGAGCUGCGAGACACGGGUCGCUAUGGAUUCCUCCUUCCAGCCUCCCAAAUUAUCCCCACUGCGGAGGAGACCUGGCUGGGUCUGAAAACAAUCAUGGAGUACGUACGAGACAACCCAUACUAAAGGCAGGGAUGGGAAUCAGCUGUCAAGAGCAGCAAGCUCAGAAAUCCUCUUCCUUUGGCGUGCUCAGGAAAGCUGUAAUCAUACAGCAGCUGUCUGAAUAAAAACCCUGCGUGCAUUC